GCAGACAGAAAAUGUAAGAUAAGUGGACUUCAACUCCCAGAAUCCCAGGUUCCAGAACGAGGGGGGCUACGUCUUGUACCCACAGAUCGGGGACCGCUUGGACCUGAUCUGCCCCCGCUCCGUACCCCUGGGCCCAUUCUCCACCGAGGACUACGAAUACUAUAAGCUGUACCUGGUCCAGACCGAACAGGCGGAGCGCUGCGAGAUUCUGCGGGCGCCUAACCUGCUGCUCACCUGCGACAGGCCCGAACACGACAUGCGCUUCACCAUCAAGUUCCAGGAGUACAGUCCCAACCUCUGGGGACACGAGUUCAAGUCCAACCAGGACUAUUACAUAAUCACCACCUCAGACGGUACCAAGGAAGGUCUCGAGAACCUGAAAGGGGGCGCCUGUUUGUCCAAAGGGAUGAAAGUAAUGCUCAAAGUUGGGCAGCAUCGCAACACGGGCUCCAAAUCCCAGAAUUCCCUGCCCGCCACACCUGCGGAGAAGGACCGAGGGACGCCAGGUGCAGCCGAACCCAACAAGGAGAUGGUUCCAGGACCCUCGUCUGGAAACACGACCGGGAAAGUGGGGGGUGAGAACGGCCCGUUGCCGCAGUCCAACGUACCCAUCAUUGCCGGUGCGGCUGGAGGAGCGGCGUUUGUGUUGCUGGUGGCAGCUGCCGUGACGGGGGCCCUGUGUUACCGCCACCACCGGGCCAAGCACAGCGAGUCGCACCACCCGCCGUUGUCCCUCAGCACCCUGACCAGCCCCAAGCGAGUCGGGGGUGGCGGGGGUGCCAACAACAACGGCUCCGAGCCGAGCGAUAUCAUCAUCCCGCUCAGGACUUCAGACAGUGCGUUCUGCCCGCAUUACGAGAAGGUGAGCGGCGAUUACGGUCACCCGGUCUACAUCGUGCAGGAGAUGCCACCGCAGAGCCCGGCGAACAUCUACUACAAAGUAUGA